CUGGAUAAAAUAUUGAAUGCUCAGGAACUUCAAAGUGAAAAUAAAGGAAACAAAAUCCAUGAUGAACAUCUUUUUAUUGUGACCCAUCAAGGUAAAUCCUUCUGAAAAAACUAUGUAGUCUUUCCAGUUCAUCUUAUUAUGCAGUGAUUACAAAUAUAUGUUUGUGUUUUAAUAACAAAUGGUAUUAGUCUACAUAAUAUAUUAAUAUGAGUAAAAGCAUGUGUGCAUUUAAUAACAUUCUUUUUAAUUUCAAUAACUACAUCCCAUCUGAAAAAUGCUGAUGGGGGAAUACUAUGAAACAGUCUUCAAUUUUGGAACAAUUCCUGGAUUUCUUAAAACCAAAGAAGCACUGUCCCAUAGGCAUCUGCAGAGAGGGAGAAGAGGAGAAAGAUGAUGAAACAUGCAUUAUGAUAUAAUGCUGCCAUGUCUGUCCUUUUUACUUUUGUGUUGAGAUGUCACAUGCAAGUACAGAAGGGGCAGAGCUUUCACUGUGACAUCACAAGGUACAUUUUGAAAUUUUGAUGAAAACAUUUGCUACUGAUGCCCCUGCCUUAUCAUUAGAAAUGCCAUUCUGCAAUGGAGAUGUUAUUUGCAGAACACGUAAUGUCACUCUAAAAGAACAACACAGUGAGUUUCUUUUACAAUCCUAACAGGUAAAAACUCGUACUGGAAAAUCUAAGGGUCAAAUCCUCCAUCAACUGCAAAACCGACAGAAUGAUCUUUGGCCCAAUCAUUUCUGUUCAAUUAACCUAUUUCAUAGAGCUAUUGGGGAAUAAAAGAAGGGCGUGGGGAGAAAAUUGUCCACACUCAUUUGGAAGAAAGGUGACAUAAGGGUAACCAGUUGAUCCAUUCACUACUAAUGCUUAUUAAUGAUAUCUGUGAGAGCACCUUAGGCAUUAAAUUGUCUCCAGAAUUUGGAGAUUGGAGCAUCUGGCCAAAAUUAUGCAGCCAUAAAAUGCAUCAUUUGACUAGUAACAGCAAUUAUACAAAAUUAGUCAUUUAUAUACAAAGUGGCAGCACCUUGAAUUAUCCGUCUCUUUUCAGCCUUCUCAUGCUAAAUUGUUCUUUCAAUAAGGGUCACAGGGAAAAUUCAUUAACUUUAAAUGACAGAUAAAUUAUUUAUAACUAGGGGCAAAUUUCUCAGCUAUAUGCUUCUCAUAGUGACAAACGUUUUCAUAUUAUAAUUUGUUGAUACAGAAAUCUCUAUAUAGGGGACUGCAGUUCAAAUUAUGAGAGGUGAUUACAGGAUGUAAGGCUGCUGGAGAGCUGAUGAUUGCAAGUUUAGUUACUGUUUAAAUAUUCAGAUAUGAUUAUCACGUUGUUUUCUCUGAACAGAUUCAUGGCAUGCUUGGUGUGCUCUUUAUUAUUACUGUGAAAGUGCAAUCUGUGACCAUUUUCUGCACUGCAUGAUUACAACUAGCAUCCUCUAUUGUUUUGACAUUGUAAAUUCUUCAGAUGUACAUCUAGAUGCAGUUUCAGGGACAAAUGGGAUAGUGUUUCUUUAUAACACCAUACUUUACCUAUGGGGUUUGUAUGCACAUUGUUUUUAUGUAUUUAAACUUUUUCAAAUAAGAUGUUUGAUUAUUUGGCUUAAAGAAUGAGAUUAAGAGUUCUGGGAAUUGAUGUGAUUCUAGUCUGAACCUCUGUAUUCAGAGUGGUGAAUGUAUGAAUAAUACCAGGGUGGACAUCUGAAAUCUUUUAUUGUCUAUACUGAAACUGUCCUCUUAAACCAUCAAAUCUCAGCCAAAGUAUUGAAUUGAGCAGGAAAAGCAAUUGAAAAAAAAAUCCAGGUCAGAAGAACUAGUAGCUACACUGUAUAUCUACUUUCAGGGAAUUUUAAGCACCUUUUGUGUAUUAAAAAUAUUAUAAAUACAGAGAUGAGGAAUCUCUGUUCAUUCAUCUUUAUUUAUUGCUUGAGAAGUGAAACUAACAUUCCUUCCAAUUUUAGCUUAUGAAUUAUGGUUCAAGCAGAUCCUGUGGGAAUUGGAUUCUGUUCGACUGCUAUUUCAGAAUGGUCAUGUAAGUAGAAUAGAACUGUCUUAUAUAAAUUCUUCUUUGGAUUCUGAUUCUCAUUAAAUAAAAAUGGGAUAUUUGAAAUUCAACUUGUGAGAUCUGAAUAUUCUGAACAUCUGAACACCAAGUUUUGAAAGAAGGAUGGGUGCCAGUUAGACAAUCCUAAAUCUCAUAUGACUUAAGAGCACAGUUAAAAUACUUUGGGCUACACUCCUAUCAUACUUACCAGGAAGAAAAUUCCAUUACCUGGAAGGAAAUUCCAUUGUACUCACUGAUACUUCCAAAGACAGGAGGAUAUGACCAUACCAGGCAACAGGAGAUGGAAAUAUGGAAGUAUUGAACCUGUGCUUCGAGGCUGUUAGGGAUUUACUGGAUGGCAGAUGGGGCAAAACAAGCUCAGAUUAAACCCCAGCAACGUAAAUGUAACAUAAAUUGUAAAUGUUAUCAAAUGACUUUUCUAAUUCAAGCAGCCUACUGUGGGUUGUGGUUUUGUUGCUGUGGUUUGCCUUAUCAACCAAGUCAUAAUUAUUUCUUUUUUAUAUACAUACAAACUAAGAUGAGAGAUGAAAGGAACAUGCUGAAGGUGGUUACUCGAAUGCAGAGAAUUUCAAUAAUCCUUAAAUUGCUUGUGGAACAGUUUUCCAUCCUAGAAACAAUGACAGCUCUGGACUUUUUUGACUUCAGAGAUUAUCUGAGUCCAGCUUCAGGAUUUCAGAGCUUACAGUUCCGAUUAUUGGAAAAUAAGAUUGGCGUCCCUCAGAGUUUGAGAGUUCCAUAUAACAGAAGACACUACCGGGAUAACUUCAAGGGGAAGGAAUAUGAACUAUUGCUUAAAUCAGAACAAGAGUCAACACUACUGCAGCUAGUGGAAGCAUGGUUGGAAAGAACACCAGGACUUGAACCAGAAGGAUUUAAUUUCUGGAGAAAAUUUGAAGUAAAUGUACUUAAAGGACUAGAACAAGAAUCUGCAAUGAUACAGGCUAAAGAAGACUCGGAGGAAAAAGAAGAGCAACUGGCAGAGCUUCAGAAACAAAAAGAAGUACUCAUGUCAUUGUUUGAUGAAAAACUCCAUGAACAUCUUCAUGGUAAAGGUGACAGAAGAUUGUCCUAUAAAGCAAUGAAAGGAGCUUUAAUGAUCUACUUCUACAGAGAGGAACCUCGCUUCCAGGUUCCUUUUCAGCUUCUCACUUCUCUUAUGGAUAUCGAUGUGCUAAUGACUAAAUGGAGAUACAACCAUGUGUGUAUGGUGCAUAGAAUGAUUGGCAGCAAGGCUGGGACUGGAGGUUCAUCAGGGUACCAGUAUCUACGCUCAACAGUGAGCGACAGAUAUAAAGUAUUUGUGGAUUUGUUCAAUCUUUCAACUUACUUGGUGCCAAGAAACUGGAUCCCAAAGCUGAAUCCAACACUUCAUAAAUUCCUUUAUACAGCAGAAUAUUGUGACAGCUCUUACUUCAGCAGUGACGAUUCAGAUUAAACACUCUCUUUGGACAAUCCUUAUAACCCAUGUUUUCCAUAUAUUGAGCUCCACCUCUGAUAAUGGUUAUGGUGGCAGAAACGUCUGGAAGUUGUGGUAUCAACACACCUAGUGGCACUAGAUUGGAAAAAUUUAUAAUACCACGUAGAUUAAAUAAUUUAUAUAUGUUUAUGUAUACAUGUUUAUGUAUAUUUAUGCACAUUAUACCAUAGGUUUUAAUAUAUACAGUAACUAUUUCAGUUAAGUCAUUAGAAAUAUAUUUUAUUUCUGUCAUCUUUAUAUUUUAGACAACCAGCUCUAAAUAUUUUAAGUUUUAGUAUUAUGUUUGAUCUGAUUUAUUAGGCUAGCCCAAUGAUAUUUCUGAUUGCUGCAUUAGGUUUUUAAUAAAGGUAUGAUUUUAUGUUUA